CUGCUCCACUCGGUAUCCCGAGUUAUCGCGUGCUGCGGAGCUUAAUGUUAUUUUACCGUUAUUUUUUUGGAAGUUUUUCUGACAUAGACUUCCACCUGCGAGCUGUCUGCACCAACAACAUCAUCACAAGUCUUUAAAAUGAUAUUCCGGUGAAGUUUUGUUAAAUGAGCUGCUCACAAGUUAGCUAACAGUUAGCUAGCUUAGCAGGUGUUCUGCAGCAUGGCUGUGUGAUUUCAACAGGUGUGAAGUUAGCUACAGCGAGCCAAAGUCUGUCUCUCCUGCGGUCUCAUCGGAAACUAACCCGAAGGGAGUUGUAGGUUAAUAUUCUCUGUUGUUUCGGCUAGUUUGGUUGUAGUUAACUGAAGUGUCUGCUCAACUAGCCAACUGUUAGCAACAGUAGCUAAAGUUAGUUAAGUGUGUUUGUCAUGCUCCUCUGUCGCGUCUUAUUGAGUCCCAUCAGAGCUACGUGUUCAAGAAGUGUUUGUUUUCAAAGAGGUUUUGCUGUUACUGAACUAUUAGUUCGCAAAUCUACGAGUAACUGUCUUAAGGUCAGCGCACUGAAGCUGUCUGCACACCAGCUCCCACUGAAGGCACAGUCUUGCCUGCAUCAGCUAUCACUGUGUAAUAUGCAGCCAGACACAAUCUCCUACGGCAUAGAGACCACUGCCAUUGCCUCAGAUAAUGAUGAUGAUGAGGAGGAGGGUGGCGGUGAAGGUGUGGUUGGACAGAGGAGUCAAAAAUAUGAGGAGGAGUUGAAGAAGGUGAUUCCAGGUCAGGAGGAUGCAGUCACCAUGGAGGUCCUGCAAGACACUGAAGCCUCCACAGUGUCAGCUCCAGCAGGAUCGAGUGAAAAGAAGACGAGGAGAAAGAUGAGGAGGGAGAGGAGGAAAUUGAUGAAGAAAGAGCUCAAGUCAGCCGAUCCUUCAGACAAUUUAAUGUCAGAGCUUCCGUUUUCUCUGACCAGCCCCUCCUCAUGGGACGACCUGGGAUUCUGCAGCUCAGAGUCAGCCCAGAAGAAGAGGAAGAGGAAAAGAGGAGACAGUGGAGGGAAGGUGGACAGUGAAGAGGAUGCAGAGAAGAAGAAGAAGAAAAAGAAAGAGAGCAAGCGACCCAACUAUUUUGUCUCCAUCCCCAUCACCAACACACAGAUCAGUUCAGCCGUGACCGAGGUCCAAGAGGUGAUUCUUCAGCAGGAGCCCCGACUAGCCAAAGCCAUGAUCUCGGUCCCAACUCUGCACAUCACGCUGUUAGUCACUCAUCUCGCCAGUCAGGAGCAAGUAGACCUGGCGGCGGCCGUGCUGGCUCAGGUCGAGCCGUCACUGGCUGAACUGCUUGGUGGGCGGGAUCUGGUGCUGCCCUUCUCAGGGAUCGGUCAUUUCAGGAAGGAGGUGGUGUUUGUUGGGCUGGCCCCCGGACAACACAGACACACGCUGGACAGUCUGGCAGAGUUGUUGCGGAGUCGUUUUGAGGAGCAGGGUCUUCUGCAAGAAGGCAACCGUGGCUUUGAGCCCCACCUCACCAUUAUGAAGCUGUCCAGAGCAUCAAAACUACGAUCUCAGGGUAUAAAACGUGUGGACCCAGACCUCUACUCCAACUACACAAACAAGUUUUUCGGAGACCAGGCAGUUGAGCGGGUGGAUCUUUGUUCCAUGUUGAAAAAGAAGCAGCAAGACGGAUAUUACCACACUGAGACUUCACUACACCUCGGUGGACGUCGCCGGUCUGAGCCCGACGAGGCGGAGCUGCUGAGGGUCAGCAGGCGAUUGGUGGAGGAUGCCGUCAAUCGCGCCUUGCAACAGUACAAACAAGAAACACUUCAAAACGGGGGCGGGCCUAACGCCACGGCACUGCAGCCCCCCGGAAACACUGAGGAAACUGCAACAAAGACAGACACUACAGCUAACUCCACCACAGACAACAGGAAGUGACAUCAUCGGACUGAGGUACAGAGACUGAGAAAACCAGCAGCCCAGAAGACAUCAGCCAGGCCUGGCUAACCAGGAGAAGAGUCAGUAAGCCCUGGGCACCAAGCCUGAACCAGCCAACCAGUCAGCCCAGUUCGCUGACGAGCUAACCCAGCUAGCCAACCACAGCGGCUAGCCAGUCAUGCUAGCUCCCUGCCCAACUGACCUAGCUUGACACAGUGCUAUUUAAAUAGAUAAUGUAGCUUGAGUUUAGUGCCACGUGACCGUCCCAGCAGGCCAGCUAGCCUGUCAGUCAACUCACUACAUCUAACAGCAAGGAUAUUGUCCCUCGAUCCGCACUCGGCUGUGGAUCUGCACGUCAUACCCAGAGAACAUGUGAAGCACUCCUCUAGAGACACGCAUGCACAUGUAGGGUUCACUUUGACCUGCCUCUCACUAACUGCCCUUUAGAAUAAGAUAAAACAUGUUUUGUAGAGUUUGGUUUACCAUCACCUGCACUUAAAAUGGGACUCAGUAUCCUCAGUUUCCCUGUGAUGAAAAACUUUCUCCUUCACUUCAUUUGAGGUGAAGAAAAUAUUUUACUUUUAUGUUAGCUCACGUUUCUCUUAAAAAAAAAAAAUCAGUGCUGUCUUCAUCGACGAAAGAUUACUCAUCUGCUCAUCUUCGUGGCUGAAGAGGAUGUUUGAGAAGAGCUGGUUUGACUGUGUUGUGACUGGAUUUGUGAGAUGUCGGACUUCAGUGCAAGUUUUUUGUUGUCGGCCUGUUUUGCAGUGAGUCUGGGUUCAUAGCACUUUCAGUUCAAUUUCAGGAAACUUUAAACUUCCAGCAUUUAAUUACACGUUUUACAUAAGAUGCUUGUCUGCAUACCACACUGCAUUUUUUUGUCUUUAUUCUAAGUUGUUUGUAGAAAGUGAUCUGGCCCCAGCUAUGCUCUAAGUAUUAUAUAUUAGUGUUGUGUUAACUACGUGUGUCCUGCCAGGGCAGCACUGAGACAAUCAUCGAUUUAAGAUCAGUUAUAAGCUCUGAAUUCACACGUUCAAACAAGUGAUACCAGCUUUUAGAAGCCCAAUCUGGACUCCUCUGCUGGGUCCUCAAACACUGUGGGAAGCAUUCAGACUGGUAUCCCUCUAUCACAUUAAUUUAUCUCCGCUAAUACAGUAACUUUAUACUUAAAGGAUGAAUUGGAGAUACUUAAUUGCUCAUGCUAAGGAUAAUAUAACACUCCAACGACGCACUACAUGCUGCCAAGAAUGCAUUUUUACUUUAUUAAUGCCAAAACCUCCAUUAAUGACUUGGGUGCUUGUCUCAAUUAAACUAUUGUUAAACUACUAUUUUUAUGUGGCAGGCUCUUAUUAUUAUUACACACAGGCAUUAAGUCCAUAACUCAGCUUCCUGCCUGAUCAUAUAUAACUGUAGUUAUUUUUUGUUCACAUGCUAUAUUGUUUUUUUUUUUCUGUGAUGAAUUUGAAGCACUGCUCAGAUGAUGAUUUAUUUGUGUUGAAGCCAUUCAUAAAGUGUUUGGUUCAAGGGUAACUUCAGUAUUUUUCAACCUGGACCCUUUUCUUCUCAUUUUUUAGUGUCUAAUCGACUAAUGGGAGCAACUUGUGCUGACGUAGAGUGCUGCAGCUGGAAGUGGUGAAACAGGCUGCAAUGUAAUUAUUCUACUACUAGUUUACAUCCAGACUCAAUUAUUGUUAUAAGUGUCUGACAACAUUAUGGAAAGGAUCCCUACAGAGAUAGACCUUUUUGUUAAAGAGUAAGAUCUUGUUUGUUUAGCUAGAAGCAGCCCCAACAUCACUUUCACCAAACCACCAGACUCCAUUUAAAUAAAGAGUAAUUUUAGCGUGUAUAGAGCCAACAUGUUUUCGCAACUAACUGGGUGAAUUCAGACUUUAUUUCAAACAAACCAGAGUUGGGAAGUGUUGGAACAGUGGAAAGAUGAACCAAGAUGGGUUUUGUGAGCUGUAUUUUGUUUCUGUUGACUUAAAAUGAAGUAUGUUUUACAAUGGUAACAUUGCUGUUUAUUUAAAUGGAGUCUGGUGGGUUUGGCAGGAGUGAUUUUGUGGCUGUUUCUGGUUAAAGAAAAAGAAAAUUAGGCUAUAUCCACAAUGAUUUGAAUUUUAAGAUGCCUAGUGUUCAGACGACUGCGGCGUUGAAUCGCAGAGCUUGAAAAUGUGACUGACCCUGUUGGAAUUUGAAAAAUUGCGUUUUAGUCUGGACAGGCGGAAACAAUGACGCAGACACCUACGUUCGCUUCCCAACUGGGUCUUAUCAGUCACAAUGUGUCAAUCCAAAACAUUAUCUUUAAGUCUACAUACCUUUUGUGUUUUCAUCCAUCUUAUGUAGGUACACCUUUCCAAUUGCCAUAACUUAAGCUCCGGGUACGGCUUUGAUAUGAAACAGUAUUUGCUUUUGUAAGAACUUUCAGUAGUAGUUCCACCUUGUCGUCAGUGCAAGCAAAGAAAUCCUUGGUCGUACUUUUUUUUACCAUCGCCAUAGUAUUUUCUAUGCCUUUUUUUAGGUGUUAGUAUGGAUGGCAAUUAUAUCUGAAACAAUGCUAAUUCGAUCGUGUGUACAGGGAUUGUUUUUAUUUAAAAACACUUUUAAAAUGAAAAUAUAUUAGUGUGGAUGGAGCCUUAUGGUUUAACAAAAUGAUCUAUCUCUGUAGGGAUCACUUCCAUAAUGUUGUCACACACACACUUUGGAUAAUAAUAUGAGCCUGUCAGCACCAGGUUGAAAAAUACCAAAGUUCCCCUUUAAAGUCUGUAACACAGACUGAAGCCUGGCUGUUUGAGGCUCACUGUUCAUUGGGAGUAUUUAUGCUGAUCUGAGGAGCUUUUAUUCUGUAGUACUGUACAUGAAGGAGCAGUCACAGCCUGGCAAGUUCUUCAGAAGGUGAUGCUGAUGUCGGGGAGAUUAACGCAGACAAUCGCUGCUGUCAGCUGAAAACCCUCCGGCUCUUGAUUUCAGUGUCUUCCAUCCAUUUUUUUGUGUGUGUGUGUUAAACUUGAAAAUAGAAUUGGCCUUUUUCAUGUUCUGCAUUUGACCUCACAGCUCAUAAAAUCCAUACAGAAUCACACAAGCGCGUGUGUGAAAUUACGGGGGAUUGUCUGAUUUUUCUUUUCUUUAUUUAAGCUUGACUUCCUGGAGAUGAGGUUUUCGACUGACAGCAAGAUGAUGAUGCUGAUACAGCUUUUACUCUCUGACAUUAUUUUAUCCGUUCUAACUAUUAUUUAUAAUGCUUUGCUGUUCCUGUCAGAAAAAUGAACUUCAUGUGAAAAGAUAUUUAAUUUGAAAUGAGAAAAAAAGCACAAAAUGAUGAAUUUGUUUUUUUUUUUUUUUAAUUGUCUUUGAUUUCACUUGUUAAAAAGCAGGUAAAUAUAAACAUGCUGUUAAAUGAAAUCACCUCUGUUCAAAGUGGCCUUAAGUCACUGAAACAAGUAGGUUGUUCUGUAAGUGCUUAAGGUGACAAUGCAUAGGUUACAUUCUUAGCCAGUGUGGGGUGAUGAUGGCUCGUUCUGCUGUGAGAUCUGCCAAAGUCUCUUAAAUGUAAACCUGUGGCUUAAGAGUCGGAUUCUUGAGUUAAAUGUAAAAAGAAAAAUCGUCCACCAUGGAGCAGAAUUCAUGUCAUUACUGUUAUAAGAUAAAUCGAUUUCCGUCAACCGUUUUAUUUCCCUGUAGUGCGAACAGGUGUGAGCUGGAAAAUGUGCUCUCAUCCCUGUGAAAUCCACUUAAGUCCUGUCACUGCGGGCUCAUUCAAACGUCAAUAACAAGGUGAAUUCUGUCUUAAGGUGGACUUUGAACGCUUUCGUUUUGAUCUUUUAUUGUCACCGGAUCCUUAAUCUCCUUAAAAUCCCCUUUAAUACACAAUUUGUCCUGUUGGCCUGUACGGUUAGUCUGUUCAUCUGUCUCUCAGAGUGUGUGUGUGUGUGUGUGUGUUUCUGUCUGUGAAUGUAGGAUGUUUGAUCAGUGGUUCCCCUGAGAAAUUCUUGUCUCUAUCAAUCAUGACAACUCGGAGCUGUGUGUGCGUGUGCGAACGUCUGUACAAAUUUGUCUUCUCUGUUUGUCUUCCCAAUGUUUCCGUGUGUGCGUUUGAGCGUGUGGGUGUGUUGGUUGUACUGUAUUGUAUAUCUUGUUCUUGCCAUAUUUGAACAAUAAAACAGGAUAUGAAAUUCAAAACCAA